CAUACUACCGCAUGCAUCGCGCGUGCGCGUGACGCACUCAUUUUGCGGCGCAUGUCAGCCAACGAUCCGCAAGCACGGUCCACCAUUAUCGUUUUGUUCGCCGGUCGGGUUGGAUUGGAAGAGUAGAAUAAUUGGAAGCCAUUGGUAGUAGUUUGUAAAAAGUAUUGGUGACAUAAUUGCUGCAAAAUGCAGUACCAUCAGCAAAACGGUUAUCAGCACACCAACACGUAUCGUCCCCGAUCUGACCGCGGUGAACAAUUCGGUAAGCAAUCAAAUUAUUGGGUAGGUCCUCCUCAGCACCAGAUGGCACCUGUACAAGACUUUGGUGGCCCCAACAACCACAAGCCUAACAUGAUGAACAACAAGAACAUGCAAGCACAGAACUCAACACUGGUUAAGCCAAACUGGGAGAUGCAUAACUUGGUGCCCAUUGUAAAGAACUUCUAUAAGCCACACAUGAAUGUACAAACCAGAUCUGAAAGUCAUGUAAAGAGUUACAGGGAGGGCAAAGAAAUAAUUGUUAGGGGAGCAAACAUUCCUCAUCCAAAUGAAAACUUUGAAGACGGCAAUUUCCCAGAUUACGUAAUGGAUAUCAUUAUGAAGCAGGGCUUUUCCGAGCCGACUGCAAUUCAAGCGCAAGGAUGGCCCAUUGCUCUGUCCGGGCGCGAUCUUGUUGGAAUUGCACAGACUGGCUCUGGCAAGACUCUGGCCUACAUGGUUCCUGCGACCGUCCACAUCAACAACCAGCAGCGCCCACAGCGCGGCGAAGGUCCUAUUGCGCUUGUGCUUGCGCCAACUCGCGAGCUUGCUCAGCAGAUUCAGAAGGUAGCGCGCGAGCUGGGUCAAACCACGAUGAUCCGUAACACUUGCAUCUUUGGCGGGUCGCCCAAAGGGCCGCAGGCGAGGGAUUUGGAACGCGGUGUCGAGAUUGUCAUUGCUACUCCUGGACGCCUUAUUGAUUUCCUUGAAAAGGGAACCACUAACUUGAAGCGCUGCACGUAUUUGGUUUUGGAUGAAGCCGACCGCAUGCUGGACAUGGGUUUCGAGCCACAAAUCCGUAAAAUUAUUGAGCAGAUUCGUCCAGACCGACAGGUUCUCAUGUGGUCAGCUACAUGGCCGAAGCAAGUACAGGCUCUCGCCGAGGAGUUCCUAGAUAACUACAUUCAGAUUAACAUCGGUGGACUCGCACUACAGGCCAAUCAUAACAUUCGUCAAAUUGUUGAUGUUUGCGAGGAGCACGAAAAAGAAGCAAAGAUCUGUCAGCUGCUUAAGGAGAUCUGUUCUGAUCGCAACAAUAAAAUUAUCAUUUUUGUUGAGACCAAGAAGAAGGUCGACGAUAUCACAAAGGUGAUCCGACGUGAUGGAUACUCGGCGAUCUCAAUUCACGGCGACAAGUCACAACAGGAGCGUGAUUACGUUCUCUCCGAGUUCCGCAAUGGGAAAUCGUCCAUUUUAGUGGCUACCGAUGUAGCUGCCCGUGGUUUGGAUGUUGAAGACGUCAAGUACGUCAUUAACUAUGACUACCCAAAUUCCAGCGAGGAUUACGUCCAUCGCAUCGGGCGCACUGGACGCUGUCAGCAGAUUGGCACAGCAUAUGCGUUCUUCACGUCCGCCAAUCAGAGGCAAGCGAAGGACUUGAUCGGCGUGCUCGAAGAGGCAGCGCAGGUAAUCAACCCGGCAUUGCACGAAAUGGUCAUGCAGUCACGUGGAAAUCCGAGCGCACGCAAUCGCUGGAACCAGCGAAAUAACAAGGACAGUAUGUCCCCGAACAUGAUGCACAAUCGCAACAAGACCUGGGUGAACAAGAAUCAUGUACACAGUAAUGGCGAGCCGCGCAUGCACUCCAACAUGCGCAUGCAUAAUGGAAACAUGCGCAGCAUGGACGCUAACAACGGUGGUUUCCGCCCCAAGAGUAACUACCACCAGGGCAAUCAAAACGGCUAUCAGCAGAACGGUUAUCAGGGUAGCUCACACUACUCUAACGGGUACGGACAGCCCAACGCCGGCCAACAGUAUAACAAUCAACAGCCCAGGAACAAUUAUGGUAAUGCGCCGCGCACCUUCAAUGGCAGCAACCGCUAUGGCCAGCAGAGACAGCAACAACAACAGCAGCAGCAGCAAACGUUUUCCGGGCCACCGCCUACCAACAGCCCCAACAUGUACCAGCCGAUGCCGCAAUACAUGAAUGUGAUGCCCGCCAACAGCGCCGAAGGCAUGCAAUCGAUCUUGAACAGCAAGUUCUUCCAGACUCGCGGCUUGCCCAAUACAACCAAUCCGUGCGCAUAUCAGUCCAUGGGUGGCGCACAAACCGCGUACAACCAGUACACGGCGCCGUUGUCUUACACCUACACACCAUACACCCAACCGCCAACCGCCGCCGUUCAGCAGUGAACGUCGACAAGGUAACCCAUCGCAUGCACGACGCUACUGAAUUCACAUUGACACACGCUCCAUUCAUUUUCGGGUACGACCGAAUUGAUUAUCAAAUCAGCACGUUAUCAUGUGUGCAUUUAUUUAUUUUGACUUUUUCCACUUAACUCAAACGCAAUUAUCAACUCAAAACGAAACAAAGCAAGAAUAUCACAUUUUGAUUUUUUCCUACCUUAGUGUCGGUUGAAGGCGCGAACAGGGUAUGCUUGGAGAUGUGUCCGUGGUCAGUAGUUUCUGUGACGUGUAGCAUGUAAUUUUAUUUAGUUUCACCAUUGGUGUAGGGUUAUAUUUACAAAAAAAAAAACUAUAUACUAUUUCUGUUUCUCGCUGUAGAAAACUAUUAACCGAUGUGCUUACUAGCUUGUAAUCAACGUAAUACGUGUAACUGCAUUAAUCUAAUUGUAUUACCGACUUUGCGACGAAGAUCAGUUUUCGGUGAUGUUUGUUUGUGGUGAAUACUACAUCGCAGCAGUUUUACAACCCUCUGCGCGUUGAAAUCUUUUUCAUAUUGAGAAAAAACAUUGUAUGAGAUAAGAAGACAGAACGAUUGAACAAAAACAGCAUAAACUAUUUGCCUCUCCCCGAACAGACUCAACUGCAAACGUGACAAACGAAGAGAAGCUACGAAACAGGCGCGAGCAAUGUUUGUAAUCGAAACAAAAUCGCAAGAGAAAACUUCUUCUUAGUGUGUAUUUUAUGUGCGACGGUCGCAGGAUUGUAGUAUGUCACCCGAUGCUGCGACCGGACGCGAUUAUUCUAUAAUAGCAUAGUUUCAAGUUGUCUAUCUGUAUGCUGUUGAAAUGCACGAAACUAAUAGAAGGGGAGAUCAGGCUUUAUAGAGAUUUAUAUUUAACUAUAAUUACAUAAACAUGCGAGGAGGGUUGAGCAGACACGCUCACCUCCGCGCGAUGAGAUGAAAUACGAGAUUUUCUGUGCUAGUUGAAACAAUUUUGAUUUAUUUCGUCUAACGAAACACUUCGAGUCAGUCAGCCGUAAUCUAUUAGUCAAGUUUAGUUAUUUCCCAGAUAAUUCGAACGAACCAUACGCGCUACUUACGAGAAUUCGCUAAACAAUAACAAUAAUGAAACACGUAUCGCGGUCCCAAUGUAGGCGCGGAUUGCUUCAUAUUCUCAUGGCGUGUCGUGGAACUUUAAAUUUUGUGUACUUUUUGGUGAAAACAAUGCACGAACGUGAAAAUAAAUCACAACCGUUACGGGGAGUUGAUUCGCUAAGGCGCGUGAGAGUUUUAAUCAUGUUUUAACGGUGUACCUGUCGUAUAUAUUCGUAUAAGUAAUAAGUGACUAUCUACAUCUACCUACCGCAACUAUUCGAGACAAGAGAUGUGUUUAUGAAUAUAUGCUUGAUUACUUACUAAUAUUUAUAUACAUUACAACACACAUCAAUACGAGCCCCGUAUUGCAAUAUAUCAUUUAACUGAAUGAAAACAAUUCGUCGAAGGAAAACGUUUAAAUAUUGAAAUAUGAAACAAAGAAAUAUGCUACAACAAUUAUGAUAAACUUGAAAACAAACGAAGCUACCAACCUUAGUAUUAAGUAUUAAAAAAACUCGUUUGUUCGUCGUUCGUUGAACAUAAACAUAAACUAAGCGUGAUGAACUAUUAACAUAUUCGAAUGCUAGAUGGUGGAAAGAAGCAAUACGCAGUCAGAGUCAGUGAGGUUUGAGUCAGGUCGAUCUGGAUCGAUUGUGAGCGUGAGGACGGAAGCCGUGGUCGUACAAAAACCUAUAAUAUAUAAAGAAAAAAGUGUUUUGUCGUAUGCCGCCGGUGCGUGUUACAUUCAUAAAUUUGAAUAUCUGUGAUAUUUAGCAAGUAACGGUAGCAAACGGAAUUAUUUAUUACAAUUUCCUAAUUCGUUUUUAUCUUAUUAUUGUUCGUUAUUCAGUAAUGUGAAAAUAAUGAGAAUAUGAAUUGAAGACAUAAUCUUGCAUACUGAUAUGUUCCAAGUGAAACGAGAGACGCAUUAUUUAUUAAUAUUGAAGAUAACAAAGAAGCGACCAUGUGGAAAUUUAAUGCAAUUUAUCAGAAUCGCGUUUAAGGAGAAUGCCCAAGCCGAAUUUAUAGUCAGCACAUUCAAAAGACGAAGCCAAAAAGCCAAGCAACCAAACCACUAAUUAGAUGUAAUCGCGCGUAUAUCACCAAGUGAUAGAAAAGACGAUGAGCUAAUCAAUCGUUUAGGAACGUUGUAUCCAGUCUUUAAAUUGCUAGGGGAAUUUUUACAUGUGCCUGACUAUUAUUAAAGAAAAGACUUGUGCAUUUUUUGACAUAAUGUGAUACUAAACAUAAACUAAUUUUCUCAAAAAGACUGAAACCACAUGAAUAUAAAAUUAAAUUUUAAAGCAAAGAAACACUAUUCUCUACCAUAUUAACAAUAUGCUAUAUUUUUAUUGAUGGGGAUCUGAUGAGGAUAAAGCAAACAUAUUGUUGACCAAGUGCAUGCAAAAUGACCUCGCCGUACUCUCUCAUAGAGCAUAGGUUUUGCAGUGCGCGUUUCUUUCACUUUAAAAGAAGCUGCGUUUUGUGUUGUUGGUCAUAUCCCUAUGACUUAUCUUAUAUUACUAUUUUUGAAAUGAGCGUCCUCUCGACAACCAGCAAAUAUUACAUUAAUACGUUUAAAAUCUAAUAAGUUAUUAGGAAACGAUAUCGCCGAGUGAAGUUUGAAACACUGCUUCGCGAGUGGCAGGACGAACCCAUGGUCUCGAGAAGCCCAAGAGCCAUUUCUCGGUCGCGCCAUUGCUUUUGAUCGUUGGAGGUGAAAUUUGGCAUAUACGAUGAACGGAUUUUUAUAUUAAUAUUUAAUAUAUCCAAAUCGCGAGUUACGAGGGAGUAAUGAAUCGCAACAAAGAAUAUUUCUUUACACAUAGAGACAAUGCUAAAACUAUUGCAACCAAAUCUCGACGUAGUUUGGUUUGGCUGUGCUCACAAACAAUUGCAGUCAAAGAAGAAUCGUGAUACCGAGGAAAUAUGAGAAAUAUUAAACGAAACGAAAAAUUGUUUGCAUAUUUAAUUAGUACGGACUGAGAUAAGAAAUUUUUAAAGCUCUAACAAAAACACGAAACGUUUUCUAGUUACAGACUAUACUACUAACACUCUUAAAACGAAUAAACAAAAGAAUCCAUUUAGAGUACAACAAUAAUGUUUAGUAAUUGCUUUGUUUUGUUAUAUUUUUAUUAUCUAUAUAGGUUUUUGUUUUCUCUUUAAUUAUUGUGAUCAUGGAUUCUGUGCGUUGUGUACAGGUAUCUGUUUAGGUUUUCACUGCGUAUUCGUCGCGUUUUUCGUUUUAUAUAUUACAUAGUUUAGUUCAUUGGAAAUGUGGUACCGUAGUUAAUACAUGGCCCUUAUUAUCAAAACUCUCUCUCUAUCUAAUAUCCAACAGUUAGUUUUAUUUAUUGAGAUAUAUCCAUCAAAGAUUACUACGAAAAGAUGCGAAUUAUUACCGAUUAGAAAUGAAUUAUUGAAGUAAGCGAGUAACGUGAAAUCGAAAUAAAUAUUUAAUACAAAAAAAAUCUCUUCUGUAAGUUUCCAACAAGUGCAUUUCUUGUAUGUAAUACAGUAUUAAUAUAUAGUUCUACUACUAAAGUAUAUUUAAAAAUGUAUAACUGAUAUUAUUGUAUUUAUUGAAGAACGUGUAACAACACGGAAAUUAAUGUUGCAUGCGCAAGAAUGAAAUCAAAUUGUGACAAAAACAUUGUAACAGAACUCGCAGCAAUUUCUGUAUUCUGUUUUGUAAAUGAAUAUAAUAAUGAAAUCAAUGAAUAUAUCAGCUAUAAA